AUGGCGGAACCAACUGAUCAUUCUCCUUGUAAAUUCCCAACCGUAGAUCAAUGUGAAUCGAGCGGUCGAGAGAACCACACUGUAGUCGCCGACAUGGAUGGAACCUUGCUUAUAGGCCGUAGUUCAUUCCCUUACUUUGCUCUCGUUGCCUUUGAAGUUGGUGGAAUUCUCAGGCUUCUGUUCUUGCUUUUAGCCUCUCCGGUUGCCGGACUUCUUUACUACUUCAUCUCCGAGUCCGCCGGCAUUCGUGUGCUCAUCUUCGCGACUUUUUCCGGCAUGAAAGUGUCGGAUAUCGAGUCGGUGGCUCGAGCUGUUUUGCCGAAGUUUUACUCCGGCGACUUGCACCCGGAGACGUGGCGGGUGUUCUCGUCGUGUGGGAAAAAGUGUGUGUUAACUGCUAAUCCGAGGAUUAUGGUGGAAGCGCUUUUAAAGGAUUAUUUAGGUGCAGAUAUGGUGUUGGGGACAGAGAUAGGUACUUAUAAAGGUAGAGCCACUGGGUUUGUGACUGGUCCUGGAAUACUUGUUGGGAAGAACAAGGCUGUGGCUCUCCACAAGGCAUUUGGUGAUUCAUCAGCUCCAGAGAUUGGACUUGGUGAUAGGAAGACUGAUUUUCCAUUCAUGAAGUUGUGUAAGGCAUUUGGUGAUUCAUCAGCUCCAGAGAUUGGACUUGGUGAUAGGAAGACUGAUUUUCCAUUCAUGAAGUUGUGUAAGGAGAGUUUCAUAGUUCCAGCAAAGGCCCAAGUUGAACCCGUGAGCCAAGACAAGUUGCCAAAACCAAUAGUCUUCCACGACGGCAGGCUUGUCCAUAAACCAAGUCCUCCAACGGCACUUCUCACCAUCCUCUGGAUACCAGUAGGCUUCCUCCUAGCUUGUCUCCGAAUCGCCGCCGGCGCACUCCUCCCGAUGCCACUAGUCUACUACGCCUUUUGGGCCCUCGGCGUUCGAGUAACCAUCAAAGGCACACCACCUCCUCCACCCAAACAAUCCACUGGCCAAACCGGCGUCCUAUUCGUUUGCUCUCACAGAACUCUCCUCGACCCAAUUUUCCUCUCCACCGCCCUCGGCCGCCCUAUCCCCGCCGUCACAUAUUCUCUCUCACGGCUCUCCGAGAUCAUCUCUCCGAUCAAAACUGUCCGUUUAAAUCGUGACCGUGUCAAAGAUGCUGACAUGAUAAAGAAGCUCUUAGAACAAGGUGACCUAGUUAUCUGCCCUGAAGGUACUACUUGCAGAGAACCAUUUUUACUUAGAUUUUCAGCUUUGUUUGCUGAGUUAACCGAUCAACUUGUACCGGUGGCGAUGAAUAACCGAAUGAGCAUGUUUCAUGGGACGACGGCGAGAGGGUGGAAGGGAAUGGACCCUUUUUACUUCUUCAUGAACCCUAGCCCUGCUUAUGAAGUGACGUUUUUGAAUAAGUUGCCGGAAAAUCUAACCUGCAGUGCCGGAAAAUCGAGCCAUGAUGUGGCAAAUUAUAUACAGAGGAUAAUUGCUUCGACUCUCUCUUAUGAACGCACUAAUUUUACUAGGAAGGAUAAGUACAGGGCAUUGGCUGGAAACGAUGGGAUUGUGGUGGAUAUGCCUAAGCUUCAAGCCAACAAGGUCAUGGGCUGCUAA